AUGGCCCUCCUGGCUCUCACCCUGGCACUGCUGGCAAUGACCGUGGCCACCACGGCCAUUGAGGAAAAGCCCCUGGACAUGGCCCCUGACUCCUUUGAUGACCAGUACCAGAACUGCAGCCAUGACAUGGAGGAUCAGUUACCGGCCAUGAACAUCUCUGACUCCCAGAAGAAUUCCCUGUUUGCCCAGGUCUGGGUGAAGGCUGUGGCCGAGUGGCAGAGAAGGGGGUCCCCUGUGCCCCCUCUGUCGUCCCCAGCCCAGGCCAUCGCCAUCAUGGCCUACACCAUGAAGGACCUGUACAAGGAGUUCAACGAGGAAGUGAGAGUAGCCGGGCGCUCCCCCCAGGAAUAUCGGGACAAUUUCCACUUCAAAACGCUGCAUUUCCUGCUGACCGAUGCCCUGGCCACGCUGGGGGAUGCUCAGAAGGGGAAGAAAUGUCACUCUGUGUUCCGGGGGGUGAAAAACAUACUAUUCAAGGCAAAGCCUGGUGCCACCAUCCGGUUCGGUCAAUUUGCAUCAUCGACGCUUCGUGAAAAUAUCAUCCACAAAUUUGGGAACACCACGGUGUUCAAGGCACAGACGUGUCAUGGUGCGUACAUCCAGGCAUUCUCCUAUAAUACCGAUGAGGAGGAGGUGCUGAUCCCACCCUUUGAGACGUUCAACGUCACCAAAGUCAUCCAGCAUGGGGAGAAGGUGGAGAUCCACCUCAACUCCAUCGGGACCUACAGCAAAUACAACUGCGAGUGGCUGAAAGGUGGGAGUGUCCCCAGGGCCCCCGGCCACCUUGGCGGACUCCUCCUGGCCACCACAGCCCUGGCAGUGGCCACCAGGAUCCUCUGA